AUGCCUCUGUCACCGCUGCCGCCCACGGUGCAGCCGGGUGGGAAUCAGAAGCGGCCUAGUUGGUCUCGGUCACUCUCCUCGCUGCAUUCCAAUUACACCAGGAACAGCGAGACCAGCAAGCAGUCGAACCUGAUCAGUGCUCGGCAAAGUGUGCUGCCCUUCCUUCUGCAGGGCCGUGAAGACUCUGGGAAGCGCGAAAUCUUUACCGAUGCCGCUGCGAUGAAGGACCGCAUCCGGGCACAAGCCUGCAAGAGAGAAUAUGACGUGCGGCACUUCUACCACGAGUCCGGCUUCGCGCAGCGGCUGGCUCGCCACGACCUCUUCGGCAACCUCGCGCUGCGCGCCGCCGGCGAGUUACGUGGGAAGUGUCAGCGAGACGCAGAGCAGCGAGGAUUAGUGGAGAGCGCUUGCGAGGAAUACAACACCGAGCCGACCCUCGCGACCGCCCACCCCAUCUUCGUGGCAGGCGACUCAGCUAAGCUCAGCUACUCAGCUCAUCAGCUCGUUGGACGUGGCAUGGGGAAGUCGAUCAUUCGGGAGCUUUAG